GGUCUGCGCAGGCGCUUUUAGCAGCUGCCGGUGACUGCGCCACCCCGCUGCCUGGAGGCGUUGCUUUCCCAUUCGCGUUCCUGCGCCGCCCGCCUAAAAGUGAUGCAGGGCACCUGCCAGCGCCUCAGGGAGGGCAGGCCCGCGACGUGGCGGGGCAUCGGGAGGAGUCGGCCCUCGAUCCAGGCGCCGCACUGCGCGGUGAGGACAAGCGCACGACCGUCAUGGUCAAGAACCUGUACGCCGCCGAGAAGGGCAAGGGGCUCUCGAGGAAGGGUCUGCUGCUGCUCCUGGACAGGUGCGGCCUCGGCGACCGCUACUCGUUCUUCUACAUGCCCUGCAACAAGGUGAAGGGUGAGCUCGGUCUUCCAGGCUUCGCCUUCGUGAACUUCCUGUCCCCGUCCGACGUGUACGCCCUGCACGGCGCUUUGGCGGGCGAGCUCUGGCGGGAGGUGUGCGGAAGCUCCCCCGCGAAGCCGCCCGCCUUGAGCUACGCGCACUUCCAGGGGCACGAGGCUAUGGUGCAGCAUUUCAGCCUGUCCUUCGCGUUCCAAGCAUCGGAUCCCGAGACAAGACCCAUCCUCCAGCCAGAGGUGCUCCACAAGUCGAACGCAUCACUGCAGGAGGGGCUGCGGGCCGCCAGCCGGGGAGAGAGCAGUCCCGAGAACAAGCAGCGGCUCGUCUGUUGGACUGAGCAGAGCCUGGAGGGCGUCUCGGUGACGGGCGAUGCCUGGACGCUGCGCGGUGCCUUCUCCGACGCAGACGGGAGCGCAGACUCGCGCGCCGGCUCCCCGCGCGAGCUCGCCCCGGGGGCCGCCGACCUCUCCGAGCCGACUCCGUCGAGCACGGACGCCGCCGCAACGCCCAGCGCGCGGAGCCUCUGCGACGAGAGCCACGGCACGGCCUCGGCCGCCGCCACGGGAAAUGGGCCGACCGCCGCUCCCCGCACAGCACUCCGCCCCCAGGCACGCGCCUUUGUGCCCGUGGGUGCAGCGGCGGCCGGAGCGCAGGCGGACCCAGGGCCGGGCAAGCAGCGAGGCCAGGGCGUCUCCCAGCAGGUGGUGACCGCGAAGCGAAGCACAGUGAUGAUGUGCAACGUGCCUCCCUCUUACACGCGGGAAGAUGUGGUUGUCUUGCUGGACUCCUACGGCUUCGCGAAGAAGGUGGAUUUUCUCUAUAUGCCCAUCGAUUUCACGACCAUGCUCGGCAUUGGUUGUGCGUUUUUGAAUAUGACUACACGCGAGCACGCGAAGGAGUUCGCGCGAGUCUUUGACGGUUUCACUGAUUGGGGCGCAGCGGACUCGCGUGUAUGCCGUGUACGUUGGAGCGCAGUUCAGGGCCUCGCGAAGAAUAUGCAGCGCCUCCAGAACAGUCCCGUCAUGAGUGCUUCGGUGCCGAACUCAUGCAAGCCACUCCUAUUCGAGGACGGUUUGCGCAUCCCAUUUCCAGUGCCUAUUCAGACGUCGUGUACCGAGCGCAAUAAGGCGCGUCAGGUUAAAAAGGUCUAGGCUAAUACAGGAUAAACCUCGGCGGGAAUUGGCGUGUAGGCUUGCCUUGCUGUAGAGCGUUUGGUGACGACCAGUUCGCCUUUGCAGCCAUGUAGUAUCACCAGCGUUUUCCCUCUCACCAGUCCGUGCAGCAGCAUGGGGGGGGGCACGAGGGCAAAGCACUUAGAGGCACCCCACUCUGCAGUAUCUUCCAAAUCGGCCAGCUCGACAAGAGUUUGUGCGCGCACGAUUCCAGCUGUACAUCCGUCUGGCGAGCCUCGUUUGGAGCACAGUUCCACGUGCAAUUGUUUAAUGUGUGUUCUUACCGAUGUGUCCUCAUAUGCCGCGGCCGCGAGAGGGUGUCGAACUCCCCCCGGCCUUUUUCCACCCGGCUCGUCAUGGCAGGACGAUAGCGACGCUGCGGCUUGUGGUCCAGGCGGCAGUGCAGGUGCAGUAUUUGAGCAAGUGCGCAGCCGGACCGAGGUAUAGGGUCGAGGUCGGUUCGGGGAGGGUACCCUCGUGUUCUUCGUGUGUUGUUGGACGUUCUUGUGCAUCCUGGGUAGCGUACCCGUGGAUCUUCUGUUUGUUCUGGCCGACGGAGGGUCUCAUGUCCUUGAAGGGUAUUAUUUUGGCCUAGGUCCGACUGCAUGGCAUCAUCAUUGCCGGGCUGCUCGGCGCAACAGGGCAGGGCGAGAGGGAGGACGGACCUUGCAUACGCUCAAGCAGUCUGGGCGCAGUGGCCAGGCAGGAAUCGACCCGCCCGCUGUAUCCUGUCGAGCCCAGGUCUCGCACAGGCGACUUUUGGGGGGGUGGCCCUGCGCCCCGCCCCCCUCUCGGCUGCGCGCGCCUCCGCCCUUGGCUGUUGCAUUUCUUGGCCGCCUCCCGAGGGCGCCUCGCCCCGGCAGCCUGCCUAUGUGUUUUUAUUUCGUAAACUGAUCAGAAGGCAGGAG